AUGACCGAAUCCUAUGCCAAAGCCGCCGCCAGAAGGCCUUCCCUUUGGGAUAAGAUAAGUCGGACUAUUUGGCAGAAAACCACCACCAGAUGGUCAUCCAGAUGGUCAUCCACGGCAACAGCGAGUGGCAAACCAUUGGUGACGAUCGAGAAGCGAGAAGAUGUCACUCUUAUUGGCAUCAAUAGACCAGAGAAGAGGAAUUGUGUGAACAGACAAACCGCUGGACAACUACUGCAGGCCUUCGAGGACUUCGACAGAGACACGACCUCUCGAGUGGCUGUACUUCACGGGAAUGGCGGCACGUUUUGCGCCGGCUAUGACCUCCAGGAGUUGUCCCAAACGGACGCCACCGUUGAGUCGCUCAUCACUCGCGGACCAAUGGUUUGCAUCUUAUCUGAAGACGAUCUCAACGCCACCGUUGAGACCCAUUUGAAUGGCCCGACUAUGAUGUUGACGUCGAAGCCGAUCAUCGGCGCCAUCGAUGGCUAUGCGGUCGCGGGUGGGCUCGAGUUAGCGCUUCUUUGCGACCUCCGAGUGGUCGAAGAGAGCGCUAUAAUGGGUGUCUUCUGUCGCCGAUUCGGAGUCCCUCUCUUAGACGGCGGAACCGUUCGCCUCCAGAGACUCGUCGGCCUCUCCCGUGCCUUAGAUCUCAUUCUCACGGGUCGUCCCAUUGAGGCCAAGGAGGCGCUGGAGUUUGGUUUAGCCAACCGAGUGGUGGCCAUUGGCACGGCUUUAGGACAGGCCUACAAUUUGGCCAAAUCUAUAACGAAGUUCCCUCAGGAGUGCCUCAAAGCCGACCGAAAGUCCACAUAUUAUGCCGCAUAUGAUAGCAAUUCAUUGGACGAGUCUCUGAGAUAUGAGUUUGAAAACGGAAAGCAUAUCAUCACUAAGGAAUCGGUCGAA